AUGGCCAUUGCUCUUAUUUGCACCCUUUUGUUACUCUUAUCUCAACUUUGCAAUGCAAGUGAUGCCAUCACCCAGCUUAAGCCUCUUUCUGAUGAUGGCAGCACCUUGGUUUCCAAAGACGGAACCUUCGAGUUGGGGUUCUUCAGCCCCAGGAGUUCCGGUAACCGCUACAUCGGAGUCUGGUACAAAAACAUCCCUGUCAGAACUGUGGUUUGGGUGGCCAACCGUGACAAUCCGAUCAGAAACAAGUCUAGCACAAACACCAUGGUCAUCAGCCAAGAUGGAAACCUCGUACUGUUCAGCCAGAACGAGACUCUUGUUUGGUCUGCAAAUGCAACACGGAAGGUUUCAAAUCCCAUUGUGCAGCUCUUGGACACUGGCAACUUGGUCAUUAGAGAGGCAAAUGAAGAGAAUGUUUUUCUGUGGCAAAGCUUUGACUUUCCUUGUGACACACUAUUAUCAGGAAUGAAGUUUGGGAGGGACUUAAGAACUGGUCUUAACCGGCGUCUUACGUCUUGGAAAACCUGGGACGACCCAUCUUCGGGGGACUUUAGUAUGGAAGUGGAGUUAGGUGGCAAUCCUGAUAUUGUGAUGUGGAAGGGUAAAGUUGAAUACUUUAGGACUGGACCUUAUACUGGGAAUAUGUUUAGUGGAGUAUAUGGCCCCACUACUAACCCACUUUAUGAUUAUAAAUUUGUGAAUAACAAAGAUGAAGUGUAUUUCCAAUACACCCUAAAAAACAGUUCGGUCAUCACUAUAAUUGUCAUGAACCAAACCCUUUAUCUUCGUCAACGAGUUACGUGGAUUCCUGAAGCCGAAAGUUGGACGAUUUACCAAUCCUUGCCACGGGAUAGUUGUGAUGUGUACAACACUUGCGGGGCCAAUGGAAACUGUGUAAUUGCUGGGUCACCAAUUUGCCAGUGCUUAGAUGGGUUCGUGCCAAAAUCGUCCCAACAGUGGAAUGCAAUGAAUUGGAGACAAGGGUGUGUGAGAAGUGGAGAGUGGAAAUGUGGGGUGAAAAAUAAAGAUGGUUUUCGUAAAUUUUCUGGUAUGAAAUUGCCAGACACUACACAUUCUUGGGUUAAUGGAAGUAUGACACUUGAGGAGUGUAAGGCUAAGUGUUUGAAUGAUUGUUCAUGCACGGCUUACUCGAAUCUGGACAACACAGGAGGAGGUACUGGGUGUUCUAUUUGGGUAGGAGAUCUUUAUGAUUUGAGAGUUAUAGAAAGUGGCCAAGAUUUGUAUGUUCGAAUCGCCACUUCUGAUGCAGGUGCAGAUGUUAAACAUGGGAAGGGGAAAAAGGUAAUCGUGGUGGUUUCAGUCAUAGCAUCGUUGGUGUUUGUGAUGCUAUUAGCAUUCUGUAUUUACAUGACCAAAGAAAAAUGUCAAGGGAAAAUUAAAACAAAACUCAGGACAGAGGAUAAAAAUGAAGGAAGACAAGAAGAUUUGGAGCUUCCUUUCUUUGAUCUUGCUACAGUAGUUACCGCCACUAAUAAUUUUUCAACUGAGAAUAAGCUUGGUGAAGGUGGUUUUGGUCCUGUAUACAAGGGCACAUUAAUAGACGGACAAGAAAUUGCAAUCAAAAGGCUUUCACGAAGUUCAGGACAAGGAUUGAAAGAAUUUAGAAAUGAAGUAAUAUUGUGUGCCAAACUUCAACAUCGAAACCUUGUCAAGGUUCUUGGUUAUUGCAUUGAACAAGAGGAGAAAAUGUUGCUUUAUGAAUACAUGCCCAACAAAAGUCUUGAUUUGAUUAUUUUUGGUAAGUUUUCUAGAAUGUUUUGUUUUAGUACGGCAUGGUGUUUGUGGAAAGAGGGUAAUCCAGAGCAAUUGGUUGAUGCUUGUUUGGCAAACUCAUGCAAUGUGUUUGAGGUUGUAAGAUGCAUUCAAAUUGGUCUUCUAUGUCUGCAACAUCAUCCAAGUGAUAGACCAAACAUGACACAAGUUGUUGUUAUGUUGACAAGUGAAAAUGCUUUACCAGAACCCAAGGAACCUGGUUUCUUGAUUAGAAGGGUCUCUAAGGAAGGAGAUCAUUCUUCUAAUAGACAAACAACUUCAAUCAAUGAAAAGCUUCUCUCUCUAGAGGUACUCCCCUGCAUACAAAUGGCAUAUAAACAUGGUGUGAAAAGGUGUAGGACAAUUUCAAAUGGCAUUCUAUUUCCGGUUGUAUGUUCUAGCUUUUGUUGUUCUGUGGUUGGCGGCAUCCCCACUGUGCCAUGUGCAAGGCAAUGUGUGUGA